AUGUCGAUCGGUGAGAGAAAAGUUGCAAAUGUUUACCUUGAUCUCACUUUCAGUUGGUUCAAUUAUGAGUAUGCCAGAAACAUGUCGUGGAAAUACAACUGCAACGCCUAUAUAAUUCAGAGGAAAGGUUGGUUCAAUUAUGAGUAUGCCAGAAACAUGUCAUGGAAAUACAACUGCAACGCCUAUAUAAUUCAGAGGAAAGGAAUAUUACUGGAGUUGAACAUCGCUGUAGCAAUCGAAAUGUACAUAUCAAUUUGUGCUCUGUUGACAAGGGAAAUAAGUGACCACCACUUUGGAAAUGUGGUCAGGGCUCCCGUCACAGUGGUGGCGGCGGCAGCAGCCAUGGUGGAGAUGCGGCAGCGGAGGAAACCGCUGGUGCUCGCCUCCACGCAGGCGCUCCUCGACUCGCUCCCGGGGGACCGCCCGCCGCCGCCGCCGCAGGAGCCGGUGCGCCUUAGGGCCGGCGUCCUCCGCUUCCCCUCCGGCGCCGGCGCCGGCGCCGAGUUCGGGGAACUCUCGUCCUUCGUCUCCCUCCCUGCCACCGCGCUCCGACGGCUCGCGGUCGUCACCGGCACGCCGCUACUGAUCUGCAGGUGCUUGUCAAGAACACUGACAAUAAUGUUGGGAGGAUUGUCAAAGCAGUAUUGUUUGAUAACCUGUCCCUUGACGACUCCCGCUCAGAACAUACUGAGCAAGUGGUCUCUGCCUCUCCUGAUCAUGCAAUGGGCUUCUUACCUUGUCUGUUCUCAAGCUGAAGAGAUUGAUGCAACUGCCAGUGCUGGAAGUGAUCUUUCUCUUCACUUGGACCUUCUUCCAUGCCCUCAAGUGCCUAAAUAUGUGUUGCAUUUACGGGUUUCUGUUGUGAGGAUUCCUGAUUGUGGUGUGCUUGCUUCUUUAAAGAUAAAUUCAUCCUUUGGAGGAAGUGACUACCAAGACAUGGUAGAUCAAGCUUUGAACGAGUACUUUAAGUUUGAUAGGUUCCUAGCAAGAGGAGAUGUUUUUUGUAUACAAAACAGUUGGAACUGUGGCUCAAGCUGCUGCCUGGCAUGCAAUAAGCAGGAUAAUAAACUGCAUCCCCGUAAUAUGAUCUACUUUAAGGUGACUGGCAUAGAACCAUCAGAUGAACCUAUACUUCGUGUUAAUUGCAAUGAAACAGCCCUUGUGCUUGGUGGAGCUGCUUCUGCCGCAAUCCCCCUUUAUUCCUUCUUUGCUGCUUCUGGUAAUUCAGUACCUUUGCACGGUGAAAUAGUGGAGCAUUUAGCAUCUAUCAUUGCGCCAGCAUUGUGCCCUUUGGAUAUUUUACCAAAAAUCAAGUUUUCCACUUUUUUAUAUGGCCCGUCAGUUUUCCACUGUCAAUCUCAGGCUAGAUCUGCACGCCCAUGUGUCAUUUUCUUUGAUGAGCUUGAUUCCCUUGCUCCUGCACGAGGAUCAUCAGCAGAUUCUGGCGGUGUUAUGGACAGGGUUGUUUCCCAGGACCUUUUCAUUAUUGGGGCUACCAAUAGGCCUGACCUUCUUGAUUCCACUCUUCUUCGCCCUGGUCGGUUUGACAAGCUUCUUUAUGUCGGUGUAAAUACUGAUGCAUCAUACAGGGAAAGGAUCCUUAAAGCACAGACGCGCAAGUAUAAGCUCCACAAGAAUGUUUCUCUUUUGUCAGUUGCUCAGCAUUGUCCACCAAACUUUACUGGUGCUGAUAUUUAUGCAUUGUGUGCAGAUGCAUGGUUUCACGCAGCGAAGAGAUCAGUUAAAACAUUUGAAAUCGAUCCUUCAAGAAGUAAUGAUGCCAGUGCCGAAGAAGUCAUUGUCGAGAUCGAUGACUUUAUUACAGUGUUAGGAGAUAUCCCACCAUCACUAUCUCUGGAGCUACAAAACUACGAACAGUUGAGGCAGAAGAUUGAAGGACCUUCUAGAUGA